UUUUAUCCAAUUUUUCUUUGCGUUGCUAUGGCACCGAGAAAUCGCAAUCCCAGUUUCCCCUUGAGCUCCACUGAGGAAGAGAUAUGUUUAUACACAAAGAUCAUAAACACAAUAGCCUUAAAAGUUAAAAGACAUGAGACAAUUAGCAACCUCAAAGCAUUGUUACGUUUGAAGUCUGGCAUUUCUGAGAAUCAUCAGGAGCUCUUUUUUGCUGGUAAUCGCCUGAUGAAUGAUCGGAGCCUAGUUGAUUAUGGCAUUCAGCGGGAUUCCAUUGUCCACCUUGUUUUUCAGAAUGUAGUUGGAAUGAGAAUAUGUGUUAAAUCAGCUUCGGAUCAGAAAAUCUUUGCAAUUGAAGCAAUGUCUUUUGACACUAUCCAAAAUAUCAAAUCAAUCAUUCAAGCCAAGGAGGGUAUUGAUUCGGAUCAGUACACUCUUGUCCACAAUGGAAAAGUUCUUGAAGAUGAAAGGAUUCUAUCCUCACUCAAUAUUUCAAAUGAAACCACCUUUCAUUUAGUUUUCAAUCCAAAAGAUGUCUUACCAAUUUUUGUGAGAACAUUGGCCGGGGAGACGUUGAAACUUGAAGUUAAAGUUUUGUUUACCAUUGGUGAUAUCAAAACAAUAGUUGAGAGCAUGACUAAUGUCUUAAACAUUGAUUGUGAUGUGAUCUAUGCUGGAAAGAAACUUGAGGAUUGCAAGACAUUGGCUUCUUAUGGCAUACAAGAAGAAACCAUCUUAGAGAUAUUUCCUGCCUUGAUCCAGAUAUUUGUUAAGCAACGGGGAGGGAAGACCAUUACUCUUGAUGUACAACCAUGUAACACCAUCAAAGAUGUCAAGGACAAGGUUUCUCAGAAACAGACUGGUGUCCUGGACAAUGAUUGGGAUCUGAUCUAUGCUGGAAAACAACUUGAGGAUUGGAGGACUUUGGCUUCUUAUGACAUAAAAGAACAAGCCAUCUUAGAGAUGUUUCCAGCCUUGAUCCGGAUAUUUGUUAUUGCACAGGGUGGGAAGACCAUUACUCUUGAUGUACAACUAUGUAACACCAUCAAAGAAGUCAAGGAGGAGCUUUCUGACAUACUGUUUAUUUCUUAUUAUGUUCAGUGCAUUUUAUUCAAUGGAAAACAACUUGAAGACGACCGUGAUCUAGCAAGUUAUGGUGUCCAGAUGGAUUCCACUCUCUAUAUGGUCAGUCGGCCUAAAUCAUUAAGAUGA